ACAUGAGGCUCGUUUUAAACAACGCAUGCUGGAGCUCACAGACACCAACAACACGGCGUACCUGUUCCUGUCCGCCGCCAACCGCUGGCUGGAGGUCCGGACGGACUACCUGGGAGCGGUGAUCGUGCUGACUGCAGCAGUCGCCUCCAUAUGGAGUCCUCUGCCGGUGUCGACCAGCCAGGUGGGACUCGGGCUCACCUACGCCCUCACUGUCACCAACUACCUGAACUGGGUCGUGAGGAACCUGGCAGACCUGGAGGUCCAGAUGGCGGCCGUGAAGAAGGUCAACAGCUUCCUGGGCACAGAGUCUGAGAACUACGAGGGAACUCUGGGCACCUCUCAGGUGCCCGAGAACUGGCCUCAGGAGGGUGAGAUAAAGAUCCAGGACCUGUGCGUGCGCUACGACCCCAUGCUGAAGCCUGUGCUCAAACACGUCAACAUGUACAUCGAGCCGGGACAGAAGGUGGGGAUCUGCGGUCGAACGGGCAGCGGGAAGUCGUCUCUGUCGUUGGCUUUUUUCAACAUGGUGGACAUGUUUGAAGUGAUUCUCAGGGAGAUCUUUAGUGUGCUGGAGGAAGCUGCAGAAGGAGUUCCCUCAGGGUCUUGGCCUCAAGUCGCUCCAGAGCAAGAGUUUAACUUUGAGGGAAAAGUUAAAGAGGGAAG